CGUCAUGCCCUGCGGCCACUUCCGCCUCGGUAGCUGUCAUGGCCGCCCGGGUGGCACGUGACCGCCCCCCCCCCGCCCCCGGCGCCGCUGCUGCUGCUGCCUCGUUCUCUCUCUCUCUCUCGCAGCCCAGAGAAGAGCCGGGCUGGAAGGGAGGAAAGAAGGAAGGAAGGAAGGAAGGGACGCGCAGGUGGCCGAAGGCGGAAGAGAACAGCCAUGCUGUCCCGGGGCCGGCAGAUCUUCGUGGGCUUUUCCGGCUACUGGAAGCCGCUCUUCACUGGCCGCCUCCUGCUGGUGACCAACACCGUCAGCUGCGGGGGGCUGAUGGCGGCGGGGGACACGCUCCGCCAAGCCUGGGAGAGGAGGCAGGACCCCAAACGCAAGCGGGACCUGGCCCGUACAGCACGGAUGUUCGCCAUUGGCUGCAGCAUGGGACCGCUCAUGCAUUACUGGUAUCUGUGGCUGGACCGGGCUUUCCCUGCUGCGGGAUUUCGGGGCAUUAAAACCGUCCUAAAAAAGGUUCUCAUUGACCAGAUCGUAGCCUCCCCAGUUUUCGGGGUGUGGUAUUUUUUGGGGAUGGGAUCUUUGCAGGGACAAAGUCUGGAGCAGAGCUGGCACGAGUUAGAGGAUAACUUUUGGGAAUUCUACAAGAUGGACUGGUGCGUGUGGCCACCAGCGCAGCUGAUAAAUUUCCUGUACCUGCCGCCCAAAUACCGCGUGGUCUACCUGAACGUCAUCACUCUCGGCUGGGACACCUACCUGUCAUACCUGAAGCAUCGCCCAAAGCAAUCAUCCCUUGGCCUGGAGGACUCCAAAUCCCACGCUGCCGAAAUUGAAACGGCCGGGUGAAGAGGGCCACUGUCCUGCGCGAAUGGCCGAAGGCUGUGUCGUGUUCAGAAGCCAGAGUGGGGCCUUGGCUUUUCCUUCUUCUCAAUGAAUCUUGUGCUCUUUCUGAAACUGUGUGAGGAUCGGUGCCCGGGCGAGCAGCCGGUCCCCAGGGCAGGUGAUGGUGCGCCCGCUCUUCUGCCGACCGACCCUGACUUCCCAUGUGAAGGACUCCAUGGCAGGAAGAAGGUGGGACCUGAGAAAUUCACUUUGGGACUGGCAAAGGUGUUGGAAUUCUGCCUCAGCGCCCACCUCAAACCAUAUCCGUCGUAAUUUAUUUGCCUUUUUUAAAAGUGCCAAAUCAUCGAUGUUCCUCAUCAAAAGAAAACCGUGAUUGCCUCUUCUGCGGUGCAAGAACAGGCCUUAAUAAAUUGCUGCCAUUUA